GAAAGAAAUUAAAAAGUAUACUGUCAAGUUGUCAUAAUCAUUUGAUGUGUCGUGUUGUCAAAAUUGUAACAAAUUUGUUGUAGACUUUCUAUACAAUAUUUUUAACUUAAAAUAUAUGUAAAAUAACAAGUAUUCCUUUGAAAAAUCAUGAACUGUACAUAAAGCGUGCGUUUAUUAAUUGCUCUACGCAUACGAAGAUAUUUUAGUGUUGUUUCAUUUAUUUAAAAAAAUACAAAAUACUCAAUCAUGGAUGGAACUUGGGUUCUGAUCUUACUAGCUUUAGUGAUGCUAGUUGGGUCUUAUGUUGCCGGGAGUAUACCCCUCAACGUGAGCAUGUCAGAGGAUAAAUUGCUCAAAGUGACAGUAUUCGGAGCUGGUCUGCUCGUCGGUACAGCGCUGGCCGUGAUAAUUCCAGAGGGGGUACGAGCCCUGUUCGCGGAGCGUACUGUACUCGUUACAAAAGAUUACACACCGGAACCAAGUCGGCAGGAUGACCUCCAUUCUGUUAUUGGGAUAUCACUAGUGUUGGGUUUUGUCUUCAUGUUAAUAGUCGAUCAAAUGUCUUCGAAGUACAAUGAGACAAGUAAUCCCACUGAGAAGAAUAUCACCGCUACCGUUGGUCUGGUGGUACACGCCGCUGCCGAUGGUGUAGCCCUCGGCGCAGCCGCUACGACAUCCCACGCGGACGUCGAGUUAAUUGUGUUCCUAGCGAUAAUGUUGCACAAAGCGCCCGCCGCCUUCGGUCUCGUCACGUUUUUGUUGCACGCCGGUUUGGAAAGGAACCGCAUAAGAAAACACCUUCUGAUCUUCUCGUGUGCCGCGCCAUUGCUCGCAGUCUUAACUUACUUCGGCAUCGGUAACGAGAGCAAGCAGACGCUGAGUGACUUCAACGCGACUGGUAUAGCGAUGCUGUUUUCGGCGGGAACGUUUUUGUACGUAGCAACGGUGCACGUGUUGCCUGAACUCACGCAUCCUCAUUCACACACCCAUACACUGUUACCCCUCCAAGAUGGCGUCCCCACUAAGAAAGGUUUCGGUGGGUUGCAACUCUGCGAAGUUAUAAUAUUGGCGAUUGGUGCAAUGUUGCCAGUACUUUUGACUAUGGGACACGAACACUAAAUGUUAAAGUAUAAACUUUGAAAGAUUUCUUAUAGAAAAAAAAUUUAAUUCGAAUUUCGUAUUCGGAACAAAUGAGAAUUUAUUGUUAAUUGUGUCCGUAACUUCUCUUGUCUAUGGAUGCAAUGUUUAUAAAGUCCUGUAAUAAUGUUAUCAUUCUUCAAAGUGAGCCGAAUUAAAAGUAAUUAAGCUUGUGACUUUUGCACAAACUGACGUAUCUGGUCGAGAUACGAAAAAGUCUAUUUGAACAAAUUUAAAAAAACAAUAAUUCGGUAUUUUUUAAAUGAUAUGUCGAUGAUUAAAAAGACUUUAGACGGUGCAAUCCAAAUCUGUACAGAUGUUCUGUAAGCACAAUAUCGAAACUCA